AUGGAAUUGAUCAACAACAUUGCCAAAGCUCACGGAGGCGUAUCCGUAUUUGGCGGAGUAGGUGAACGUACUCGUGAAGGAAAUGAUCUCUACAUGGAAAUGAAAGAAUCCGGGAGUUGGCUUACAAUUGCUUCAGCGGGAGCUGCUGUCGGUAUUGGAAACGUUUUCAGUUCUUUGAUUCAUUCAGUGGCGCGAAAUCCAUCAUUGGCUAAACAAUCAUUUGGUUAUGCAAUUUUGGGCUUUGCUCUCACCGAAGCUAUUGCAUCGUUUGCGAGGUUGAUUAUCCCUAUUGGGAUGAGUGAGCUAUUGCUUCCUUGA